UAUACACAUCGACUACAUUCACUGCACGUCAUCCCUCUCGCACCCAACCCGCAUCAACAGUAUUCUUUGCCUCCAUCUACGGAAGAACAAGAAGAAAUGUCGGCCCUCUCCAAACAAGAUUCCAAGUUUGCUUCCCUCGGGCUUUCUAAAUCCGAGCUGGGAGAGAAAGAGGUAGGAGGAGAGGGAUAUGUGAAUGCGUAUAUGCGUGGUCUCGAUUCUGUGGCAGUUGGGAAUCCGGUGUUGGUGCUUUUGCAUGGGUAUCCCCAGAGUAGUUAUAUGUGGCGAAACCUGAUCCCUUACCUCCCCCCAACGUCUCCCCUCUACGUUCCCGACCUCCCCGGCUACGGCGCCAGCACGGCACCCACCGGCCAGCACGACAAGCUCUCUGUCGGCAAGAUCAUCAUCUCGGCGCUCAAAGCCGCGGUAUCUCAGGCGAAGGGAACGAAAGAGGGAGAUGAUCUGCAUAUUGUACUUAUUGGACAUGAUCGCGGGGCGAGGGUUGCGCAUCGGUUGGCUGUUAGCGAGGGGGAGUUGGAGGGAGUGAAAGUUAGAGGGGUGGUUAUGGUUGAUAUUGUCCCAACAACAACCCAAUGGCGCACCUCCGGCACCUCCCCACGCGAACUAACAACCUACUGGCACUGGCCCUUCCUCGCGAACCCAUCCACCGCAACACCCCUGAUAACCGCCUACACCGGCUCGCGCUGGUGCAAAACCAUGAUCGCCUCCUGGGCCGGAACAUCCGCCGCCGGCCUCUCGAAUCUCCACUCUUCUUCCGCCCUCGACAUCUACGCCGAGUUCAUGGACGACCCGGCCGUCAUCGAAGCUUCGUGUAAGGACUACGAAGCCGGCGCUACCACGGACGUGGAGAUGCAGAAGGUGGAUCAGGAGAGUGGGAAGAAGAUUGGCGUUGGUGUGUUGUUGGUGUGGAGUGAGGCGAAUUUGGGGAAGAGGUAUGAUGUUUUUGGAGAGUGGAGGGAUUGGGUGGCGGAUGGGGUUGAGGUUGAGGGGCUGGCUUUGGGAGAUGGGAUUGGGCAUUUUGGGGCUGAGGAGGCGCCGAGGGAGACGGGCGAGGCGGUUGUGAAGUGGUUGAAGAAGGUGGUUGGAUAG